AUGUCAUCACUUCUUAAGAAUUUUAAGCAAUCAUCAGGUUAUUUAAAAAAAAAGAAUUAUAAGUUUGGAAAAACACUUGGAGCAGGAACAUAUGGUGUUGUUAAGGAAGCAGUUCAUAAUGAAUAUGGACGAGUUGCAGUGAAAAUUAUUGAUAAACAGUCAGUUAAGGGGCAUGAAAGUAUGGUUUAUGAAGAAAUGGAGAUUUUAAAGCGUCUUGACCACCCACAUAUUGUAACAUUUAAAGAAUGGUUUGAAUCAAAUUCAAAAUUUUAUAUUGUUACAGAAUUAGCUACGGGGGGAGAAUUAUUUGAUAGGAUAUGUGAAUAUGGAAAGUUUUCAGAAAAGGAUGCAGUAGUUAUUAUUACAGAAAUUCUUGAUGCUUUAUCUUAUAUUCACGAUAAUCAAAUUGUUCACAGAGACCUUAAACCAGAAAACCUUUUAUAUCUUACACCGGAUCAUGAUUCCCCAUUAGUUCUCGCAGAUUUUGGAAUUGCUCGGAAUGUUGAGGAAAAUCAAGUACUUUUAACUCUUGCAGGAUCUUAUGGUUAUGCAGCACCAGAAAUAUUAUCAAGACGUGGACAUGGGAAAUCAUGUGAUAUUUGGUCAUUAGGUGUUAUUGCUUAUACAUUAUUAUGUGGAUAUUCACCAUUUAGAUCAAGAGAUAAAGAUGACUUGAUUCAAGAAACUUUUUCUGCCAAUAUUGUGUUUCAUCAGAAAUACUGGAAAAAUAUAUCACAAGAUGCUAAAGAUUUCAUUGUUGCUUUAUUAAAAUUUGACCCAUCAGAAAGACCUACUGCUAAAGAAUUUUUAUUUUUUAUAAUAUUUCGGAAUAGUGCUACAAACAUUAAUAUCUUACCUAAUGUUAAAUCCGAAAUUGAUGCUAGAAAACAAUUUCGUCUUGCAAUCGGAAGUAUACGAUUAGAAAAUAGAAUUAAGGCUUUAAAAAUGGAGGCUGAUUCAGAUGAAUUUGAAGCAGACGAGAGACCAGGAAGCGAAGACAGUCCAGCAAGUCCUGAUAUCUCGGAAUUAAUGGAUAAAGCUAGCCACCAUUCUUCUGAAAAAUCUAAGCGAGUUCUUGCUGAUGUUUUUUCAGAAGUUGUAUUAGCUAAACUUAGGGCUGAAAAUAAAGGAUUUAAGGAUAAAAAAUAA